AUGAAAGUGAAAAUAGGAAGUUCUAAGCUUGUUAAGCCUUUCUAUGAAGGCAACCCCCCUCCGAUCACAGAUUACACUCCCCUAUCUGUCUUUGAUAAAGUCACUUAUAAUCAGCAUGAAGCUAAUAUUUGCGCCUACAAGCAUCCAACCCCACCCAGUGCAAUCAUUGAGUUAGGACUUAGAAAGACUAUGGCUGCUUAUCGUGAGUGUGCUGGAAGGCUCGGCAUAGAUGGCAAUGGGGAGCCUAUCAUUCUUCUCAAUGAUGAGGGUGUUAGGUUUGUGGAGGCGUCAGUUGAUCAUCCCCUCAAUGAAACAGUGCAUUUUCAAUCUUCACCAACUUUAUUGAGCCUCCACCCUAGCUUGGAAGGUGUGGUGGAGCUCUUUCAAGUUCAAGUCACGAGAUUCUCGUGUGGCUCGAUGGUGGUGGGGUUCACCGUCCACCACCUAGUGGCAGAUGGAUAUGCAAUGAGAAACUUCUUGAUUGCAUGGGGUGAAGCUUGUCGAGGGCUUGAUAUCAAUCCACUACCAUUCCGUGAUCGUACAAUAUUCUCCCCUCGAAACCCUCCGAAAUUUGAGUUUGAGCAUAGAGGGGUAGAAUACAUAACCAAGAACCUGGAAAAAGUGUUUCCUAUAAUUGAUAAUAAUGUGGAGGAUAUUGUGGUCCACAAAGUUCAUUAUUCCAAGGAGUUUCUUUCCAAGCUCAAGGCCAGGGCAUCCUCAAUGAAUGGAACAAACAAGCCCUUCAGCACCUUUGAGAGCCUUGUGGCUCAUCUAUGGAGAGCUAUAACUAAGGCGCGUGGCUUAAAUGGCUUUGAGACAACCCAAGUGAGAAUACCGGUGGAUGGUCGUUAUCGACUGAAUCCUAGGGUGCCAAAUGAGUAUUUUGGCAAUUUGGUCCUAUGGGCAUUUGCAGGAGCUAAAGUGGAUAACCUUUUACGCGAACCUCUUUCAUAUGCAGCCAAACUUUUACAUGAGGCGGUCAUGAAGGUGGAUGAUAGCUAUUUCAAAUCAUUCAUCGAUUUUGCCAAUUAUAAGGUGAAGGAGGAAGAUCUUGUCCCCAGUGCAAUGCCGGACACAAAAGAAUCAAUUUUGUGGCCAAAUUUGGAGGUUGCUAGCUGGCUAAGGUUCCCAUGCUACGACCUUGAUUUCGGAGGUGGAGGUCCAUACAUUUUCACGCCCUCCUCCCCGAUAGAGGGAAUGAUAUUUCUUCUACCAUCCUUCACGAGAGAUGGAAGCAUUGACGUUCUUGUCCCUCUAUUUCGAGAAAAUUUGACAACCUUCAAACAAAUUUGCUAUUUUCAAUUGGCCAACUUGUAA